AGGAGCCAGAGCUGCCUGGUCGAAGAGGGGUUGUGGGGAUUCGCACCGCCGAGAACCAGGGAAACAUAAACACAGGAAAUGCGAGCGGCCCCUUAGUGCUCAGCCGUCAAAGCCUGUGAUUGUUCGCCCGGGCUCCAAAAGGUGAUUGACGCUCAGAAAAGGGAUUGUUAGCAUCUACUGGACACAAGGGGCACUGUCCUCUGAUUGGCUCGGACAACCCCCUCUGACAUGCCCGUGGCCAAUCAGAGCUGUAGCAGAGUUCAGUGUUGUGACUUCACGGAUCUGUUCUGACGCUCUAUGAUCUUAACCUCACCCUGUCUCCAUCCCCCGCCUGCGCCUGCACUUGCACUUUGCCCUGCGUCAUGCCUUCAGGUGUGUUAUGUCGGGGGCAGAUGUGGAGGUGUACCUGUCCCAGGUGCACGAUGGGAGUGUGUCGUCGGGCUUCCGGGCGCUGUAUGAGGAGCGUCUGCUGCUGGAUGUCACACUGUUGAUAGAGGAGCACCACUUCCAGGCCCACAAGGCGCUUCUGGCCACCCAGAGCGACUACUUCCGGGUCAUGUUCACAGCAGACAUGAGGGAGAGGGACCAGGACAAGAUCCACAUGAAGGGGCUGACAGCCGCUGGGUUCGGCCACAUUCUCCGAUUCAUGUACUACGGCUCUCUGGAGCUCAGCAUGCCCACCGUCCAAGAGAUCCUUCAGGCGGCCAUGUACGUUCAGCUGACGGAGGCGGUGGAGUUCUGCUGCUCCUUCCUGCUCGCCAAGAUCUGUCUGGAGAACUGUGCCGAGGUCAUGCGCCUCCUGGAGGACUUCAGUGUGGGUGUGGAGGGUGUCCAGGAGCAGCUCGACAACUUCCUGCUUGACAACUUUGUCCCCCUUAUGAGCCGACCCGACUUCCUGUCCUACCUCAGCCUCGAGAGACUGCAGGCGUACCUGAACAGUGAUGCUCUGAGUCGCUUCCCAGAAAUUGAGCUGUAUGAAGCUGUCCAGUCGUGGCUCCGACAUGACCGGCGGCGCUGGAGGCACACUGACACCAUUGUGCAGUCCAUCCGCUUCUGCCUCAUGACUCCUGCCAACAUCUUUGAGAAGGUGAAGACCUCAGAGUUUUACCGUUACUCCAGACAGCUGAGGCAGGAGGUAGAUCAGGCGCUCAGCUACUUCCAUGAUGUCAACCAGCAGCCUCUGGUGGAGACGCGCUCCAACCGUAUCCGCUCUGUGCGCCCGCAGACGGCUGUUUUCAGGGGAAUGAUCGGUCACAGUAUGGUCAACAGCAAGAUCCUGCUGCUGCAGCGUCCAAAGGUGUGGUGGGAGCUGGAGGGACCUCAGGUGCCACUGCGACCAGACUGCCUGGCAAUUGUUAACAACUUUGCCUUCCUGUUGGGUGGAGAGGAGCUGGGGCCCGACGGGGAGUUUCACGCCUCCUCCAAAGUCUACCGCUAUGACCCCCGACAGAACUCCUGGCUACGCAUGGCUGACAUGUCUGUGCCCAGGUCGGAGUUUGCUGUUGGCGUCAUUGGCAAGUUUAUUUAUGCUGUAGCGGGCCGCACACGAGAUGAGACUUUCUAUUCCACGGAGCGCUAUGACAUUACAGAGGACCGCUGGGAGUUUGUGGACCCGUACCCUGUAAACAAGUAUGGUCACGAGGGGACGGUCCUCAAUGGUAAACUGUACAUCACCGGUGGUAUCACUUCCUCCUCCACCUCCAAACAGGUGUGUGUGUUUGAUCCAGGGCGGGAGGCGGGAGGAGGGGGAGGAGGAGGCAGCUCAGGUGGGUCAGACGCACACAGGACACGCGCCAGCCGAGGCCCACUGCUGCCUGGCACCCAUGCCAGCUGCUGGGAGAACAAAUCCAAAAUGAACUAUGCCCGUUGCUUCCACAAGAUGAUCUCUCACAACGGGAAGCUGUACGUGUUCGGAGGAGUGUGCGUGAUCCUGCGAGCUUCCUUUGAGUCGCAGGGCUGCCCAUCCACCGAGGUGUAUGACCCUGACACUGACGAGUGGACCAUCCUUGCCUCCAUGCCCAUUGGGCGCAGCGGCCAUGGGGUGGCAGUGUUGGACAGGCAGAUCAUGGUGCUGGGCGGCCUGUGUUACAACGGCCACUACAGUGACUCCAUCCUCACCUUCGACCCUGAUGAAAACAAAUGGAAGGAGGACGAGUAUCCCAGGAUGCCUUGCAAACUGGACGGUCUGCAGGUGUGCAGUCUGCACUUCCCAGAGUAUGUGCUAGAGCACGUCAGACGCUGCAGCUGAGGUCUGCUCCACAACAAGCCUCCUUUUUAUAGAAAUGGAAAUGCACUGUUCAAGGCCUGAAGUCUCCCACUGGGAGAGCAGGUGUUUACAGGUGGGAGACUCGACUGAUGCACAGGCUUUUCAACUAGAGACCAGCACUUACCUUAAGGUGAGGAAAAGAUGGCGCGGGCCAUACAUUUGCUGUUCUUAAUGAAGCCAAUCGAAGCGUGGCGUGGUGAGACGCCACAUGUUAAAAGUCAGCUUGAACAUUUUCAGAAUUAGCUUUCUCAGAAAAUCAAGGAAAAUCAUUUGUGGGGAGGAAAAAAAGGUUUCAUUUUGCUGGUUUAUGUUUCAGACUGUGGUCAGUUUCCUAUUCUACUACUCACUUACUGUAUUUAGGCUGUCCAGUCAGGCUUAUUGCAGAAACGCACUGGAAGCGUCAGAUUCAUGCAUUUACAAAGGGACCUGUAUUUAUUUUACUUCACCAGUCUUCUCAGUCUAGUCUGAACUAGGUUUCUCUGCCUGCACCCUGAGAUUUCAUCGCGUUCAUAAAUCUAUUUAAAGGCAAACAAACAUUGUGUAUAAUGUUAAUCAAGGUGCUUUUAUUAAGAAAUAGGUUAGUGAAAGCCAAAACUAUUUCAAACAAUCAGAAAAUGCCCUAUAAGAUAUAUAACUGCAAGUUAAAUCAUACAAUCAGGUAUAUAAAGACAAUAUUAACACUAUAUAUACUGUAGUGUAGCUAAUCUUAUAGCCAAAUAUACGAAGCAGACUCUAGACAAAGGCCAUUAAACAGAUACCAUGUUGUUGCAGAUGCUGCUGAUGCUUCAAUCUGCUACCAGCUGCAAACUGUCAGAUUACUCAUUCAUAUACUCGCUUCCAGUGCGUUCCAGCUUUUAGUCCUAAUUCUGCUCUUUACUCCCAGAUAUCCACCAUACUGUGCUCAUGUUCAUAUAACAUCACUGUGUCUUUCUGUGUCCCUUCUUCUUCCUCUGAUGUGUGUGUGUGUGUGUGAGAGAGAGAGCGCUGAAUGAUGGAGAGUAAAAAACAUAACACUACAUGGCACACGAGGGUUCAUUGUUCAUUCAGUGAGGAUGUCAUGAUGGUGACUCCUACACAGCAGGUUUUUUUUGUUUGUUUUUUUGCAUAGGAAGUAAAGAUCUUUCUGUCAGAGCAGCUCUGUAUCCGUCUCGUCACUGGCAGUGCUUUACUUACACUCAUCUACAUUCCCUGCACUUUGUUUUGGGCUCUUGUUGUGGCUCUUGGGUGUAAAUGCACUGUUCUACCCUUUCAAACCAGCUGUAGUAUUACAGCAUGAUGUUAUCUUACAGACAUUUAGCAGUGUCUGAAAUUAACCUCUGGCUGAGAAGUUAAGAUGAACAAAAAAUGCACCCACCAUGAAUUAUACAGCUAGUUAAAAUAUUUAAGAAACAUUGGGCCUCAUCGUGGAGGAACAUUUUCAUAUUCUUAUCCUAAACUAGGAAGGUUUCAUUCACAGAAAUGUUGCCAAAGAGUAGAGAGAAAACUUUCACACUGCGUAGCUUCAAGUCCUGCUCUUGGAAAUGAGCAAACAAAUGUAAUUGUGUCAGUGUAGUGUUAUUGAAGGAUUAGUUCAUGUCCCAGGUGAUAAUUCGUAUGUUACUUUGAAUUCAUGAAGAAAACCUUGCAUGCCUCCAUGGUAAACAAGGGAGAAAAUUCCUGAUAAUGGAAGUAAAUGGGGGAACUGUCUUUAACAACAGCAAAACCAUAUCAAGACAUCAACACUCACACAACUUGUGCAAUAGUAUCUAAGUCAUUUAUCUACUUGUAUGCUCGGUACUUCCCAAAAAUACAGUUCUUUUCUAAAACCUCACUAUUUAUAACACUUUCCAUAAAAGGUCUUAUACAUGGACCGGUAGCGUGCCUCCGCUGUUAAUGCAGAAGUGUUUUAAAUACUUAGGUUUUAGUAAAAAUGCAUGUUUUUGGGAAGUACUAUACAUGUGGAUCAAUAAGACUUGGAUUAUACUGCAUGAGUUUGUAAAUGGAUGUCUUAAUAUAGUUUUGCUGUUGUUAAAUGUGAUCCCGGGUUACUUCAGCUCAUGAUAAAUGUUUGCCUUUUUUUCCCCAUCUCCGUUCACCAUGGAGGCAUGUGAGGAAGGUUUAUUUUAUGAAUUCAAGAUAACACAGGGUCAGUAAGUGAUAUACAAAUGGUCAUUUGGAUGAGUGAUGUGUUCCUUUAAAGGACCUGGAACAAUUAGAAAGUAUGUACUGUGACAGAAAUAAAAAGUGAAUAAUUGAACUUGAGGCUAGAUGCUAAAUGAUGUCUUUCUACAGCAAAGUGGUAUAUGACUAAUAUAAAAGGUGGUCACGAGGCCCAUUGUUAAUUUACUUAAGGUUCAGGGUAUUUCAAUUUAUGCUCUUUUACAACCAGUUGAUCUCAGUAUAACAAAGACUUACCAGCUGUGAAUGGGGUCAUCCUUAUGUUCCCAGGUUCCCUGUUGUUAAGGUACUGGUAAGGGCUAUCUUUGCAGUUCAAAUUGCAAAGAAAGGAAUGAAGAUGGACAUUUCAAAUGCACUUUGGUAAAAAUCUGUUAAGCCACUGUGGAGAUGUCAAUGUCUAAAAUCUCAAAAACUGUUUUGCCUGCAAAUUUGAAGGUGUGGGUUUCAAAGAGUGCAGACUCAACAUAUUGACCCAUGGAAACCAACCCAACGCAACCCAAAUAAAUGUUGGCAUUGUAUGUUGCUGCAAACUACGGAUGCGUUACAUUUGUACUUUAUUAUGUAGCACCUACAUUGAAACAUAAUUUUUCGACAACUCUGGUUAACACGUGGUUAGGUUUUGGCCAAAUAUCUGGUAUUGGUGGCACAAUGCUGGCAAGAUAGCAGAGUUGUCUUGGUAAGAAACAACUUCUUCUUUUUGAAGCACUAUCCCCACUGGAAACACAGCAAUGGGUCCCUGAAAAACCCAUGUUUGGGGGCUGAAAAGCCGCUGGAAACGCAACAAUGACUCAAUAAAAACAACAGGUUUUGAUGUUUGUUGAUCUCAAACAGUGGUCUGCAGAUUGACAGGUGUCUGGCUUCUGUAUUAUGCUAUCCACCAUCCCCCCAACCUUUAGAAACGUUGAUAUGACGCGUAUGAAUUGUUAAAAUGUUAUGCAGUGGUGGUUUGCAGGAACAUACAAUGCCAACAUUUUCCUCUGCCAACUGCGUACAUUAAAACAUUUGACCAAGAACAGAAAAAGGUCUCCUUAAAGUGUCAUAUUAAGAUAUUAAGCUGGGCAACAUAGGACCUUGGGAGCAUUGAUUUGCUUUCCUGUAAAUGGUUCAAAAAAAUUACCAGCCAGUGUUUCAGAUAUUUUUUACCAGUAUGUCCACGAAAGCUGAAAUUUUACCAGCAUUUUGCAGUCAUCUGUGUUAAUUUCAGACAUUGGAAUGUCACCUGGAGUGCUUCAGUCAUAUUAGAGGAGUUAUUAAGCAGAUGCAGCAUUUCUGUUGUCGUAUGUACUGUGUAGCUUAUUAAGCAGCCCAGCGCCUUGAUCCUGCAGCCCAGCAAGCCCUGCUCCGUUACCAGCCCGAUGUCUCUGACCCUGUCCUCUCCAGAUAUUUAUUUCUCCUUCAUGAGCCAACUGUGAAAAGGGCUAGAGCACAUACUGAUGCAGGUCUGUCUGCCAGUCGUCUAUUUAAGUUAUUUAUUUCUGAAGUAUUGCUUACACCGAGCUAUGCAGUAACAGUUGUAGGGUUAUUUAUUACAAGAAUUUCAUUGUGAAUUGUGUUGGUUUCAAAUUGUACUUUUGUCUCCUUUCCUUGUCUCAUCCUCGGCCGUCUGUUCUGUCCACCUCAGCAGCACUGCAUGUGGCUCAUGAAUGGAUGCUUUGAGAACGCUCUUUCUUCCGAUGUAAAGUGAGAAGAAGGCUUAAUAAGAUCAGAAAGUCUGUAGUGGAUGUUUACUUAACAAAUGAACGGGUACAAUUUAAAGAAGGGUACUGGUGUCAUUUAAAUUUACGGUCUGUUUAUUGCUGUCUUUAGCAACAAACUGUAUGCAAUUUGUCAUUCAUCAUGUCUUAAAAGACAAACUUGUUUGUGAGUGGCAUGUUUUUUAAGGUAUCAUCCUUUAAUUCAUGCUCCUUUGUAUCAACGAUGUCCCUGCUGUCCACACACAAACCUCUCAAGUCCUGAGCCGCAGCUUUAAUCUUCAACGCUUUGUGGCGCUGGUAGAACUCUUAGAUUGUGUACGUUUCCCAACGUUAACGCCUCCACAGCUGUGAGAAGUUGUGUGUUUCACUGUGGACUUCAUAAUCCAUCUUUGUUUUUCAAAUGGGGAAAUGUUUGACAGCGAAAAACGUUUUUAAGGAAAUACAGUAAAUACAGGAGGGAUUUUUCUAAUUCUUUAUUUUCAAGAAUUUAGAAAAAUAUCCAACGUAACUUCUCCGACUGCAAUCAGCAGUCCAAAACUCAUUAUUUGCUGUCCUGUAUGACUGAGACCCUUUUUACACGCUAUAGGGCCGCUUUGAAGUCCCUUCUUCACGCUGCCUUUGCAUUUUUACACAAAACCAAAAAAUGGCAGCGUCAUUCCUCUCCAGUGUGUGAUUUUAGACUGUAUUCUGGCAUCGUGGAACCACAAGAGGCAUGACAGGAGUGACAGCAUCGGACUCGAGCGUGACAUAUAACAAACACGUCAGCAGUGCUUUAUAAACAACAACAAUGGCAAUAACGAUCAUUUAUCAUCAUUGUUAUAUGGCAGCUGAUCUCGUCUUCUGCCCGGAGGGUAAGGAGCUCCCAGACCUCAUUGUUUUCCCAAUUUGCGGACAUUUUUGGCUUCCCUUCUUCUUUGAGUUAGCUGCUAACUGCUAUCACCUGGUUUUCAAAUCUGCCACGGUGGGUUGCACACAUAACACAUUGUCAAAACAUCACACCUAUCCUGACUAUGGUUCCAUCCUGUCGCUUAAAGGCGAUACAACUCUCAUUCCACUAUCCAACCUUUUAAACAGAACAGUGAGGCAACAUAAUGGCGUGACAUUCCUGCCUUGAACAAGCAUUGUAAAAGGGGCUUAAGAAAAGCAGCAGAUCCUCAGAUUUGAGGAGCUGGAACCAGCAAAUGUUUGGUAUUUUUGUUUGGACAGUGUCUGAAACAAUUAUUAGAUGGUAAAAAUAGUUGCAGAUUAAUUUUCUUUCAGUCAACAUAUUGCUGCAGCUCUAAUUUGUAGCCAUCGCACUAUAGCUGCACGGCAGUUUACAAUUUUUUGUCAUUUUGAACUAAUGAAAGCCUGGUGCAGAAGCUGAAUGAAAGUAAGGAACACUGUAAAUGGCAGUUUUUGCUCUCAAACUGUAUUUCCCCCAAACUACAAAACUUUUUUUUUUUUUUUUUAACUUUUUCAAACAUGUUUUAUGCCUUAAAUUGGUUUACAUCCUCUGUUUUUUCAGGUUCAGAACAUUUCAUGCCCAAAACCAUUACUCAUUAGGGUCUUUUAUUCCUGAUUUUGUCCUUUUGUUUACCCUGGUCACCUCUUUAUCGCAAUUCCCAAAGCUUUAGAAAAACCACUGAAGUGUCACAUGUGAUAAACACAGCAAUGAUCACACUGUCAGAGGCAGGUCAGGUUGGGAAACAAGCCUCUUUAACUCCACGUCCCUUUACGUCUCCUACUUGUUGCUGUACUCUGCAGCCAAUAUAAACAUCCUACCUGCCAUUCUGCAGUCCUCUCGCUGCUCCUCCUCCUCCUCCUCCUCCUCCUCCUCCUCUCAUGUUGCUGUUAAAAGAAGAAAUGUGUAACCGAUAAAGUACUACUGUCCUGAUUUAUGGCACAUUCAGUCAUAGCGCGGCAUCCUUUAGUCCACCAGUCUUCAGUCUGUCAGUAGGAAAACAGAAUAGAGGAUUAAAUAAAAAAAACAUACCUUGCUGCAAUGACUGUAUCUGAAAAAGAAAGUAAAAUCAGAUUAACAUAUCUUAUAAUCUGAGUAGAAACUCUUUGGAAACGAUUUGUAACUUCUUUCCAGAAAUAAAUGUUCAUAUUGGUCAACUUUCA